AUGGAGAGAAGCAACCACGAAGUCCUUGCUUUUGUGGUGGCAGUUGCCUGCAUGGCUAAGGGUAUGCAGGCAUACUUGAGUCGUUGCGAGUCUGAUCUUUUGGAGAGAAGCAACCAUGAAGUCCUCACUUUUGUUGUGGCAGUUGCCUGUGUGGCUUACGGUACUGGCAUGCAAGGCUACUGGAGUAAUUAUGAGUCUGAUCUUGUCCAUUUUGUGGUCUGUUUGGUUGGUGCAUUGAUUGGAUACAUUGCACUGUGUGCCCUCGUCAAGAUUGUUGCAGUGAAGCAAACCAAAGGAAACCAGCUCCUAUCCAAGGAGGUGGAGUGGAUGGUGUGGCUUCAGCGAGGCGCUGGCUCUCGGCCUGAGCAAAAUCAACCUCUGAACAUUCGGGUCGCAAGUUUCUGCCGGCAUCUUGUCACAGAUGAAGCAAUCUUCAUCGGAACCCCAGUUCUUGUUUGGACCUUUCAAGAACGAAUCAUGUUCCUCCCAUUUGCACUGAACAUCAACGAGAUUGCCAAUGGCUUGAUGAAGUGGUGCGUGCAAAGGCCACGGCCCUAUUGGGUCGAGAAAGACAUUAUCAAUCCUAUCAAGAAGCAAGAACUGGACUAUUCGUUCCCAAAGAAGGCAGAUGUGCUGAAUCAGUUCAUUGAAGACUUGGAUUUACAAGAACAACUCAAGGCACUAGCCAUCUUUUUUGCACUCAUUCCCACGGCAUUUGGGCUCAUCCGUCACCUUUUUCAGCAAGACAGUGCCACCCUAGCCAAAAUCCAGACCAAGGAUGUCUUUCGCAGUGGCAACAACAAGGUCAAUGUCCAUCAAAUGGAUGCGACGAUUCGAAGCCUUGACAAGUACAGCUUCACUUUGAUCAGCCUGUUUGGAUCUGGUGUGGGAUGUGUUCUCAUGUUGCAAGACAAUCGAAACUACACCAUGCAGUUCCCCGUCAGUGCAAUGACGUUGACAGAAGUAAUGCAGAGCGAUUUCUUGUGGAAGCGCAUCUUGCUUGUUGGAGUCCCCAUCAUGCUCUCCUUGUUCAUGAUGGCAUUGGUCGUGCCCAAGAAAUUGACUUCCAACAGGGGCAGCAAUCAGGCUACAAGUUCAAGUGCCAGAUUCUCGCCCUCUCCUUGA